UCUGACACCAAUGUAAUGAAACAGCAGGGAGCAGGUCUCGAACCCUCGACCUCCUAGCCCGAGGUCCGGCGCGCUAUCGACUGUGCCGCAAAAGCAUGCUCAAGCGGCAGAGUCGAUUUCCGCGCUUAUAAACCCAGGGUCGUUACACUACUCCCUCCUUUCAAAGAGCGCGUCCUCGCGCUAGCUUGCGACUUUACGUCUUACAGGAACGCGCUCACCGGCCAAGCACACGCACUGUCGUGGAUGCGAGGUCCGAUCACUUCUGACACCAAUGUAAUGACCUGACUAGAUCAUAAAAGAACGACUGUCCAGACAGAGGAUUGAGUUUACGAAUGGACGGUUUAUUAAACCAACUUUACACAGGCUACUGUUUGGCCGUAGCCCACGCCAAAUAAAUGAAAGAUAGCCCACAAGCCAAUCGUGACCUUCUCUUGUGAAGCCCAGACGUAAGAGAGAGAACAAAGGCAAAACCUGGUCUUAACUUCCAAUGCUCCAUCCCCCUGCCCAACCCCCCUCCACGCCACUCCGCCAACCACCAGGAUGCCUGGCAUCAGAACAUUCCAGGCAUUCCCGUGAUUGGCAGAUAGCAGGUUGACUGACAUGUCGGACCCCGCGAACACAACCACCUACUAGCCUAACACAUAACACACAGCUGUCUGUGCGGGUCGCUACAAUACCAUAGUCCAGUUGGGGGCGGUAAUGAAAAAAUAUUGGAUGACACCCACCAAUGAAGUCCAUUGAAGAAGAAAAAGCGGAACAAUUUCGUCAUUACAAAUAUUUUCCGAUCCGAAACAAGAUAAAUUGUUUCCAUGUUCUGUGUUUCGUUAAGGACUCAGAGUGCCCUUCCCACGGAAAGAAAUUGACUCCCCGAACACUUAAAAUAAAGUUACUGUACUACUGUAGCCAACACACUACUUGUCUAAGACAAGUUGUCUGACGAAGAAACGCUGAAGAAACAAUAGUUUCCACAAUGGAUACGGACAAAGCUAGUCAGUUCCCCUCUAUCCUCCCGGAGUCCCCAGGUCAAACGUCUCCCGGUACUGCUUUACUGCAGGGUCUGGUUGACUGCAGGAAAACACCGGGGCAGAGUGGAACUGAGAGAGGAGAAGAAAAGGAAGAUGGAGAUUUGAUAUCAUUAAGGGACAGACCUAACCGUUGCUCUCUCAGUGGGAGGGGCUUAUCUGGGGAUCCUCAACAACAUGAUGCUGACAAGACAUCCCUCCAGAAGAGUCUCUCCAGAUCAGAACGUCUCAAUAAACACCAGCAGAGACUUAUAGGGAAGAAACCUCACCACCGCUGCUCUGGCUGUGGGAAGAGUUUUGCUAAACAGACAGAAUUGAUAAUUCACCAGCGGAUUCACACUGGAGAGAAGCCUUAUAGCUGUGAUCAGUGUGGGAAGAGCUUCAAUCAAUCAGGACACCUGACUACACACAAACGCAUACAUACAGGAGAGAAGCCUUAUAGCUGUGAUUGGUGUGGGAAGAGCUUCAAUCAAUCAGGAGCCAUGACUACACACCAACGCAUACACACAGGAGAGAAGCCUUAUAGCUGUGAUCAGUGUGGGAAGAGCUUCAGGAUGUCAGGAGAUCUGACUGCACACCAGAACAUACACACAGGAGAGAAGCCUUAUAGCUGUGAUCAGUGUGGGAAGAGCUUCAAUCGUUCAGGACAACUGACUACACACCAGCGCAUACACACAGGAGAGAAGCCUUAUAGCUGUGUUCAGUGUGGGAAGAGCUUCAAUCGUUCAGGACACCUAACUACACACCAGCGUAUACACACAGGAGAGAAGCCUUAUAGCUGUGAUCAGUGUGGGAAGAGCUUCAAUCAUUCAGGAUCCCUAAUUACACACCAGCGCAUACACACAGGAGAGAGGCCUUAUGGCUGUGAUCAGUGUGGGAAGAGUUUCAUUCUUUCAGGAUCCCUAAUUACACACCAGCGCAUACACACAGGAGAGAGGCCUUAUGGCUGUGAUCAGUGUGGGAAGAGCUUCAAUCAUUCAGGACACCUGACUACACACCAGCGCAUACACACUGGAGAGAAGCCUUAUAGCUGUGAUCAGUGUGGGAAGAGCUUCAAUCAUUCAGGAACCCUGAGCGAACACCAACGUACACACACAGGAGAGAAGCCUUAUAGCUGUGAUCAGUGUGGGAAAAGCUUCAAUCAAUCAGGACACCUGACUAUACACCAACGCUUACACACAGGAGAGAAGCCUUAUAGCUGUGAUCAGUGUGGGAAGAGCUUCAAUCAAUCAGGAGACUUAACUGCACACCAGCGCAUACACACAGGAGAGAAGCCUUUUAGCUGUGAUCAGUGUGGGAAGAGCUUCAAUCGGUCAGGAAACCUGACUGCACACCAGCGCAUACACACAGGAGAGAAGCCUUAUAACUGUGAUCAGUGUGGGAAGAGCUUCAAUCAUUCAGGGGCCCUGAUUACACAUCAGCGCAUACAUACUGGCGAGAAGCCUUAUAGCUGUGAUCAGUGUGGGAAGCGCUUUAAUCGUUCAGGAUACCUGACUACACACCAGCGAAUACACACUGGCGAGAAGCCUUAUAACUGUGAUCAGUGUGGGAAGAGCUUCAGGAAUUUAGGACACCUGACUAUACACCAGCGCAUACACACAGGAGAGAAACCUUAUAGCUGUGAUCAGUGUGGGAAGAGUUUUGCUCGAGAUUUCACCCUGACCAAACACCAUCUCACACACACUGGAGAGAAACCUUAUAGCUGUGAUCAGUGUGGGAAGAGUUUCAGGACAUCAGAACACCUGACUAAACACCAACGCACACACACAGGAGAGAAACCUUAUAGCUGUAAUCAGUGUGAGAAGAGUUUUUCUCAAGAUUCCAGCCUGACUACACACCAGCUCACACACACAGGAGAGAAACCUUACUCCUGUCUAUGUGGAAAGAGCUUUGCUCAUUCGGGGUCACUGAAAAAACACCAGAAAGCUCAAACAUGUUUUCUUUCAUCUCCCUCCUCUCCGGCACCGGUUCCAGAUCCCUAAAUAAAGUUGAAUAGAAAACAUCUUGUGAAGAGUCAUCCAACUCCCAUUCUCUAACAGUUUACUAAGUCUGAUUGCCAUGGUAACUUGUGUAGCAUAAUAUGCAGCUCUGCAUCCAUAUGUAUCAAGCGUCCUGGAGUAGGAGUGCAGUGUGUGUGUGGUGGGGUGGGGUGUUCAGAGCUGUAUCUUAUUUCAUUAACUCCUAUUAUCCUUUAAAUAAUGUAGAAUUGUGUUUCAACAAUACAAGGUGUGUAUUCAUGUAUUCAAAAGAUCAAUAAAUUACAUCCAUUAUCUGCUCAACAAUGUCUGCUUAUCACAUAUUUUAUAUCUAUAAUAAUAAUAAUCUAUUUUUAUAAGGAUCAUAGGCCUCUUGUAGAAUUUGUUUGGUUUUAAAAGAUGUCCACAUAUUUAUUGUAAAACCCUUCACCAGGUUUUAGUGUAGCUGAUGGGACAUACGGAAGUACAGAAGACAUAAGACUAUUAUUGUGGUCAAAUUAUGUUGUUGCAUUUAUUUUAAAGGAUUUUAAUAGGGAUAUAUCUUCACACUUUUCUUAUUGUAUUUUAAGUGUGCUCCAGAAAGAUGUUCACACAUUUUAUUGUGAAUCGAAUGAUGUGAUGGUUGUGAGGAAGAGGCAUCAUGGGGGCAGGAAGCCAGCUCUGCCCAUCAGUACUUAUAGGUCAUGUCAAACACAGACCUCACACUCUUCGGUUUUCUCGCUCUGGAAAUACACUUGAUAAUAUCUUAUACCUUACCAUUCUACUUUUUAUUGGUGAUUAGUUAUGCGGAACGAACGCUUGCAUGUAAAUGUCAUUGUCAAACACACAUCUGGAAUUUGGUUUCAUGUUUUCUUCAUUUGUUUUACAUUGCUGAUUGUAUAUUCAUAUUUUUUCUUAUGUAUUUUUAAAAU